GAGGAAGCAUGCAGGUGGGAGUCGCAUCAACUUUCUGCUGGAGCGAAGGAAAAGUACAAAAACUUUGCAGCUGAAGUCUUGCGGUGCAUCCUGGGAAAGCGUCUAACAUGGGGACGUGAAACCGUGCGGGGCUCUGGCGGAUCUACAUGACGGGCGAUGAGCGAACACUAACCACACCGCGAGGCGAGGCGAGGAGAGGCGGCGAUCGGUCAGAACACACGGCGGCUCCGGCCGAACGGCUCUGACGGGACUGUCUCGCCCCGCUCGGUCGGCGGCUCGGACCCGGGGCUGCUGCGAUGUGCGCCCGCUGCUCCACGAAGCUCCGUCGGGGAAGUGGCUCUCUCACCGGAUGAUGGACAGGAACUACCCGACCUCCGGCUUCGCGGACGCGCUGGCUCCACCAGCACAGACCGCGGCUUCUUGGGCCUACGAGCGCAGCGCGGCUGGUAUCAAACCAAGUCCCAGUUAUGGUGCAGCACAACUUGAUGCAGAGCUCCUCCAGCGACAAGGCUACACUUCCACCCACCAGCUCCCCACAUACACUACGUCACAUCUUCCUGCUGCAGCAGGAACACUCGACUCGAACAGUAAUAGCUCUGAGACCUCCAUUAUGAGCUUCCUGUCAGCCAUGGAGUCUAGAAGCCUUCAGGCUGGUCCUGUUAGUGCCUCCCUGCUUUCUCCUUUCAGACCCCCAUCAUGGCCUGCUGGUACAAACUCCUCCACCGAGCUGUACUUGACCGGUGCCCUGCCUUCUUCUGCCACUUUCCCCUCUCCUGCUGCUCUGUCGUCCUAUCAGCACACUGGUGCCUACCCUUCCAGAAGUUAUACUACCAACCCUUCCCUGGCUCUCCAGGAUCCAGCCUUCAGCACUUCCACCAAUGGCCUGUUUUCUCACCACGACCCCCUCCUACAUCUCAAAUCGAGCCAGACUGUGCUUCCUACUGCCCUUGCCUUCAAUCAUCUCUCUGCCCCAGCUUUGGGCUCCACUCUGCCUGUUCAGUCCUCCACUUACCGCUCAGCCCAGGAGUCCGCACCACACCUCCUACAACCCCAGUUCAGCCUUCUCCCUUCUACCCUGCCUACCGCUCAUGGUGCCCCACAGCCCUACGCAGCCACAGUUUUUUCAGGUUCUAUUGAAAGAGCUCUUCAGCGUGAAUGUAGUGUGAUCAAACACCACCAGAGGCCUUCUAGCAGCCACACAUCCUCCGAGCAGUUGACAAACUCAGAGCACUCCUUGCCGGGAUACUUUGGCUCCGGCAGUGAAGCAGAUGUGUCGUACCAGCAGGACCCGUCCCGUCAGACUCCAGUGUCCUGCAGCCCUUCCACAGGAGUAGAUUCAUCUCAACGGGUCAACGGUGCUCCACAACCCAAAACAGACACAGUAACUCAAGCUUAUUCGACCACUUCAGUGCCAAAGGCUAAAGACUGCUCUGCCAAACUAACUCCACACCCAGCUGGGGGUGAAGAAAGUCACGGGCACGCUCAGAACCUGACAGGAGGGUCUCCUGAGCGAUAUUCCUCCCCAGGACAGAACUCUGUUAUUUCUAAUCAGCAGUCACUCCACCUGUCUAGCCUUAUGUCCAGCAGCCUGUCUCAAACCUAUAUGACCCCCCACACACAGUCACAGCCCUCCAGUUCCACCGCCGACAAACUGUCUUCCCUUUACAAGACUCUGCCUUCUCUCUCUAGCCAGUCUGGCAACGUGGCAACUGUUAGCCAGACUCUUGUUUACUCCACCAGUCCAAGCCUGAGCCAGGAGCAGGAGGUCCAGUAUGGAGCCCAGGUCCAGGGCUUGUGUCAGGGGAAUCUCUCUGAGAGCUACCCCACAUCCCACUCUCAGGGUGCCCCACAUGUGACUUUUACGUCUCAGUCACAAGGGCAAGCUUCAGCAACUCAUUCUCAGAGCUACGCCGCAGGACAAUCCCUUAACCAAUCCCUUAACUCCUCCUACGCACCAACAUGUGUGCGGAGUCUGCCUGCAUCCAAUUCUCCACAGGACUACACUCUCAUGCAAGCCUCACUGGGAGGCAAAACACACGACACCCUGUCCCAGCAACAGACACACACUCAUAAAUACGUUUUGUCUGCACCACUGCCCACUUACUCUUCAGCUGCUCAAGCCUUACAAAAUAACGUCAGAUCCUCAAUACAGGACGUAAAGCCAACAUAUGGCAAACAGAAACUUGAAGAGCUUCCCAUGCAGGACCUAGAGGCUCUCCAGCAGGCAUCUAUGGAGGGGUCUGCAGCAGACAACAACAUGGCGGCUCACAAUGUCAUAUAUGCUGUUUCGAAAAUGGAUGAUCAUCAGAAAACGCAAAGUGUCAUACGAAGCAAUUCCCGCUCUGAUGACCAGCUCAUGGGACUGGGCCAUACACACACGGAACAGGUAAAGCAUGAAAGAAUGGGUUCUCUGAGCCAACAGCACAUUCACCUAAGCGGUGCCAAUGGUCAGGACACUGCCAACAUAAAACCUGCACACGUACCUCUGAGCUCAGAGCAGCUCAAGCAGCACCCCCUCCAACUCAAACUUCCUGAGCCUCAUCAACAAAACCACCAGAAUCACAACCAGUCCCAGACCCAGGCAGCACACACCCAAUUCAUCACCGUCCCCAGCACUCAGGUUCUCCUUGAGCCCAACCAGAUGAUUCUGCUUCAGCAGCCCACUGUCCACCAUGGUCAAAACACUUCGAAGGUGGUAUCAGUACAAAAUGUCCAACCGCCCCAUGGUUUGGGCCCGGUUCACGUUCAGUAUCUUCAGAUGGAUCGUGAACUGCUGGGUCCCACGGUCACCGAAACCCACAGUCAGCAAGGCACCAUAGUGUCCGAGCAGAGCUCGGGAUGCCCCAACUCCUCCAAACACCACUACAGCCACUCGGCAAAUCAGCAGGCAAAUGAUGCCAAGAACCACUUUGCUCUCAACUCCAUUUGCUUCCCCGAAUCUAUGCUGCUCGCAGAUGACCGAAACAUUUUGUCAAAUGUUGAUGACAUCCUGGCGGCAACGGUAGCGGCCUGUGGUGUCACACCGCAAGACUUUGUCAAAGCCGCCUCCUCUGCUGAGGCUGAAAUGGCAGUGAUGGUAAGCCCCACUGAUUCCAAAGGGCACUUCCACACUGUGGACGUGAGGAACAUGUCCCCUAGUUUCUCAUCGGCACAACCACCAAUCCUCACCAACACUAUCUCCCACACGUUGACCAUGACACUAAACGGACCUCAGAUGGCCACCGACUCUCUGGGUCAGUCUGUUCACCACAGCAGCAGUUCUGAGAUUCACACAAAUGGAGAUGGAGGAAGCUCUGAGAAUGAUUAUCACUUAGUGUAUGACCCCUCAGGUCUACAGGGCAGAGUCAAAGGGAAUUCCAAGUGUAUUAAAACAGAGGACGGCCUUACGGAGUGCGGAGAAGACUUUCCCAGAAAAAAGGCGCGCUCCAAGUCCUUGACAAAACCAGGUUGUCCUGAUGAGGAUGGUGGACAGGCCAGAGCGGCAAAGCGCGGUGGGCAGGCAAAGCGGCAAAACUCCAGGGGUAGUGACGUUGGCUCACCAUCCGCCGCACACAAUGUCUAUGAUGGUUGUCCACAGCAGGAGAGAAUGCGGCAGAAGAUCCGUGAAGUGGAAGAGAAACAGCCAGAGGUGAAAACUGGCUUCAUUGGCUCCUUCCUAGACUUCAUCAAAUCUGGCCCCAAACAGCAGUACUCUCCAAGUCCAACGCGGACGAUUAGUCGGCCCAGAAAGCUGUGCGCCUCGUCCAAACCACCACCACCGUGUGCUCUCUCCGCUUUGCCGGCCAAACUGCAGACUCUGCCGGGGCCCCUGAUUUCCCAGGAGAGUCGAGUAACAAGCGCUCACCAGAAACGUCUGGAUGAAGAUCUGCACAAGAACUUGGAAACGCUGCCGUCUUUCAGCUCGGACGAAGAGGAGAACACUGGGAAGAAUCAGGCCCUGAGGAACAGCAUCAGCUCGGCACUCUCAGCUCUGGAUGAGGCGUCGGAUCGGAAAACUAGGGCAGAUAACCACAUCCCUGGUUCCUUGAUGAAAACAGACCAAGUUCCCACAGUGCCGCACGCUGUCAAAGAGACCUGUUUCCCACAGGUAGCCCCUCCUCCGCAAACGACAACAAACACCGUUCCGGAAGGCGCCGCGUAUGCUGCCAAAGAUAACUCCAAAGAGACCGGGACAGACCAGGUGGCCAUGCAGUUGAUGAGCGUGGCCAUCGAGGGACUGACCGACGAGGAACUGUCAGACAGCGGAGGGGAGGGGAUGUACCGGGAGAGAGACGAGUUUGUCGUCAGGAAUGAAGACAUCGAAAACUUGAAGGUAACAAUGAGAGGAGGGAGUGAGCCUCCGGCCAUCUGGAAAGUCCAGAAAGCUCUGCUGCAGAAAUUUGUGCCUGAGCUCCGCGACGGAAAGAGAGUCUUCUCAGCCACCAACAGUUAUCUUGGCUACUUUGGUGAUGCCAAGACCAUGUACCAGAGGGUAUAUGUGAAGUUCUUGGACACCGUGAACAAAAGGGAGUAUGUACGAGUCUGUAGUCGUAAGCCACGUUGCAAGCCUAUGAACUCACUAAGGGGUGUUCAGGUGAAAACGUUGCUGGGCUUGACAGCCAACGCUUCCUCGGUGUCCCCGAGCCAAAAGCCCCGACCCAAACACCCAAAGCCGCGGGCAGAACCCCCACCCAAGAAAAGAAGGAAAUGGAAGGAGGAGUUUUCACCUGCAGCCUCGGGUUCAUCUGCAGAGGAAGGUGGUGAAGAUAACGAGUUAAACCACACUGUGCCGUUUGCUUCACGGAUCCUCAACACACGAACCAUGAAGGAGACGUUCAAGAGUUUCAUGGAACUGCUCAUCAGCGUUGCCCUGGACGAAGAUGUGAUGACGGCACUUGAGAGGGCGAAUGAUGAGUUGCUGCUACCACACAUGAGAAGAGUGGAUGGGAUGAUCACUGACAACAAGAAACGGCUGCUUAACAAACUGCAAAUAGGGCAAGUCCUGAAGACGGCUCUCGACAACUUCCCAGAGAUCUCGGUGGUCACGGAACUAAAGAAGGACGGGGAAACUCCGGCCUUCAAGGUGCGUCUCAGCGGGAAGGCCUACAACAAGAAGACCCUGAAGCCCUACAAGAUGCCUAACAAAGUGCCACAAGAGUACACCGUGGACCAGCAGAAAACUCAGUGGUUCUCUCUGUACCACUCGUUGCAACAUUACAAGUACCACACAUACCUCAUGUGUAAGGACGAGAUUGCAUCUCUGCGGGUGCAGGCCGGGGACCUGGGGCAGGAGGAGACUGUACAGACGUGUCUGCAGAACGGAGUUUGGGUGGAGGGGCUAUUUGAUCGCUUUGGAGAGCUAAUGAAUCAAGUGCAGCAGGCCUGCCGAUGAUCCAUGCCUGUCAAGGCUGGUUAAAAAGAAAAAGACUUAAAGACACUAAGUCUAAUACUUAAAAAAUAAGAAGAUGCCACCAUCUCGAAGUGGCAGCAGAGAAGGAUGGAAGGAAUCUCUCCCUUCCAGCCACGCAGAGAUUUGAAUCAGGGACCCGUCGGUUGACUCGCGUGGAAGAAGUUCAAGGGGCCUGUGGCAUAAAAAGGGGCAAGUGGUGAACACGGCAGUUCAGUGGUGGGACAGCAGUUAAGUUAAUGGUCUGCAUCACUGCAUCCCAGCAGAAAGCUGUAAGCCGCAUCAACCGAGAACAAGGACUCGUCUGUGACUGUUUUGGAAGAUUCUCCUAGCCUUUGUAGUUACACGGCCACUUUUAUGGGCCUUUUUUCAUAGAUUUCUAAUUUUUUAAAAUAUUUUUUUUAGUUAAACGCCAGAUUAUAACCAUUGAGUAUGCACUAGAUAGAAAGCAAUUGGCAUAGGAAGUAGAGUACAGCAACAAAAAAAACAAUGCAGCAAUCUGAUAUACAGUUGUAACAAGCCUUCAUCAAUCAUUUGAUAAGUAGGCUCACAUACAGAGUUGAUAUAUUGUAAAGAAAAAAAAUCUCUAUAUUAUAUAUAACCUUUAGUUAUAUACUGUUUGUAAAACAUCCAUUUUAUAAUGGAGUGCCAACUUAUAUAUAUAUAUAAUGUACAUUUUGUAUAAAGGAGCAGGGAGGUGGGAACUGCAGUGUUUCUCUGGAGGAGAACUUUAGUAACUAUAUACUGUAUCGAUACUGUUGUUUAACUUUAGUGCUUCAAACUCCCCUUUGCUUAUAAGAUGCGAGUGAUGGAAAUGCAGUUCCAGUGCUGCUUUUUAAAAAAAUCAUAAUCAAAUAUUAUUACUUUGAUUUAUCUGAGGGUAAAAUGAAAAAAAAUGAAAUAAAGCUGUCUUCAUACUCCUUUACAUAGUCCACAAUUUUUGACAAAUAGAUAUAUAUUUUUCACAGAAGUAAAUAUUGUUGUUUUCGCUCGUUCAGUAGUUUUUCAGACACUUUUUUGUCCUCCCCACAGGUUUUUUUUAUUGACUCUAUAAGUCAGUUACCAGUUUUAUGCUCCAAAAAUGAUCUUGUCCUUUAAAGAUGCAGUUUGUAAAUAAAGUGCCGCAUGUAUUAGA